CCACCGCCAUGUGAUUACGUCAUAACAACAUCCAAAGCCUGUCGCUUACCUUUUAUUUAUUUGUUCCUUGCAUAGCCCAUUCUGCAUUCCAACAAUAAUUUUCAGAAUCCAAAACCAGCAAACAUGAGAAAUCUUUCACUCUCUCCUCCUCAAUGCCGUAUCCUCCUCCUCCUCAUGCUCACCACACUCACCCAAUUAUGCCUGAAAGCCGAAUCAGCCGCUUGUCAUGUGGAUGACGAGUCGGGUUUACUCAGUUUCAAAGCAGCCAUCACGGCCGACCCAUCUGGCAAGCUCGCCUCAUGGAAGCGGGGCACCGACUGUUGCACAUGGGCAGGCAUCAUUUGCCGGGUUGACAACCGGGUCACUAGUAUAUCUCUCUCGGGCCAAUCCAACAAGCCAAACAGCUACUUAUCUGGCACAAUCUCACCUUCCCUGGCGAAGGUCAAAUUCUUAAACGGGAUCUAUCUCACGGACCUCGGAGAGCUAUCGGGUCCUUUCCCGGAUAUUCUUUUCGGGUUACCCAACAUCGAAUACGUCUACAUAGAGGGCAACAAGUUAUCGGGUCGAAUCCCCAAAUCCAUUGGGAAUUUAACCCGACUUGGCGCGCUAAGCCUAGCCAGGAAUCGCUUUACCGGGCCAAUCCCGAGUUCAAUAUCAAAGUUAACUCAGUUGACUCAGCUCAAACUGGGUGGGAAUCUUCUCACCGGAACCGUACCAUCCGAAAUCCAACACCUGAAGAAUCUCACUUUCCUCGCUCUGGAUGGGAAUCAACUUUCCGGUCCCGUACCGAACUUCUUCACAACAUUCUCAAAGCUUCGAGACCUCACACUCUCCCACAACAAGUUCACCGGAGAAAUCCCCACCUCCAUCUCAACCUUAGCUUCGACGCUGACCUUCCUUGAGCUAGGCCACAACUUUCUCACCGGGAAAAUACCAGACUUUCUCGGGAAAUUCAAAGCCUUAGACACUCUCAACCUCUCGCACAACCAACUGUCCGGAACAGUCCCGCAAUCCUUCGCUAACCUGACGAAGAUCUUCAACCUCGAUCUCUCCCACAACAAUCUCGUCGAUCCAUUUCCAGAAUUGAAAGUGAAAGGCAUCGAAUCUCUAGAUCUAUCCUACAACAAGUUCCAUCUCAACAAAAUCCCCAAAUGGGUGAUCUCUUCGCCGAUCAUAUUCUCGCUAAAGCUGGCCAAGUGCGGACUCAAGAUACGAUUCGAGGAUUUCAACCCAUCGGAGACGUACUUCUACGACAUUAUCGACCUCUCGGAGAACGAGAUCUCCGGAAGUCCGGUCACAUUGCUGAACAGAACGGAUUACUUGGUGAGUUUCAAGGCUUCAGGCAACAAAUUAAGGUUUAAUUUGGAGAGUUUGAGGAUUGUGAAUACGCUAAAGGAGUUGGAUUUGUCGAGAAAUCUGGUGUUUGGGAAGGUGCCGAAGGCUGUUUCUGCGCUUGAUAGAUUGAACGUGAGUUAUAAUCAUCUGCAUGGUGCGAUUCCGGCGUCGGCGACCAAGUUUCCGGCGAGUUCGUUUGUAGGGAAUGAUGGUCUGUGUGGCGCUCCAUUGCCGCCAUGUAAAGGCUUAUUAAGCGUUUCUGAAUGUGGCGCGCGCCCUUCAAAUUAUUACACCCUUGCAAUUUAUUCCACCUCAAAUUCAGGUGCUAAACAAUUAUCAAAAAAAAAAAAAAAAAUCCUGAACCCAACAAGUAAUGUUGUGUAUUUAUUCCCCCAUACUCAUUUGCCAUUCCAACAUCCAAAACCAGCAAAAAAACAAAUGAGAGACCACUCACUCUUUCAUCAACGUCGUCUCCUCCUCCUCUUCCUCCUCAUUACACUCACCCAGUUGUGCCCAAAAGCCGAAUCAGCGGCCUGCCACGUGGAUGAUGAGUCGGGUUUGCUCGGUUUCAAAUCAGCCAUCACCGCAGACCCAUCCGGGUUGAUUGCCUCGUGGAAGCGGGGCACCAAUUGUUGCACAUGGCACGGUAUCAUAUGCCGGGACGGUACCCGAGUCACAAGUAUAUCUAUCUCGGGCCAUCCCGGACCGGGCAAGCCCAACAAAUCAUUAUCCGGUGUAAUAUCAUCCUCUCUAACUAAGGUCAAAUUCUUAGAAGGGAUCUACUUCAGGGACCUCCAUCACCUCACGGGUCCUUUCCCGGAUAUUCUUUUCGUGUUACCCAACAUCAAAUACGUCUACAUAGAGGGCUGCAAGUUGUCGGGUCCAAUCCCCAAAUCCAUUGGGAAUUUAACCCGGCUUCGCGCGCUAAGCCUAGCCAGGAAUCGCUUUACCGGGCCAAUCCCGAGUUCGAUAUCAAAGUUAACUCAGUUGACUCAACUUAACCUCGCUGGGAAUCUCCUCACCGGAACCGUACCAGCCGGAAUCCAACACCUACAUAAGCUCACUCUCCUCAGUUUAGACGGGAAUAAACUUUCCGGUCCCAUACCGAACUUCUUCAGAACUUUCUCGAACCUUCGAAUCCUCAGACUGCAACACAACAAAUUCACCGGAGAAAUCCCUACCUCCAUUGAACCCCUUGCUCCCAAUUUAGCCUUUCUCGACCUAGGGCACAACCUCCUCACUGGGAAAAUCCCUGAUUUUCUCGGAAAAUUCAAAGCCCUAGACGCUCUCAUUCUCGCACACAAUAACUUAUCCGGAACCGUCCCGAAAUCCUUCGCCAACCUGACGAAGAUCUUCAACCUCGACCUCGCUCACAACAAUCUCGUCGAUCCAUUUCCAGAAUUGAAUGUGAAAGGCAUCGAAUCGCUAGAUCUAUCCUACAACAAGUUCCAUCUCAACAAAAUCCCCAAAUGGGUGAUCUCUUCGCCGAUCAUAUUCUCGCUAAAGCUGGCCAAGUGCGGACUCAAGAUACGAUUAGAUCAUUUCAACCCAUCGGAGACGUACUUCUACGAAAUAAUCGACCUCUCAGAGAACAAGAUCUGCGGAAGUCCGGUCACAUUGCUGAACAGAAUGGAUUACUUGGUGAGUUUCAAGGCUUCGGGCAACAAAUUAAGGUUUAAUUUGGAGAGUUUGAGGAUUGUGAAUACGCUAAAGGAGUUGGAUUUGUCGAGAAAUCUGGUGUUUGGGAAGGUGCCGAAGGCUGUUUCUGCGCUUGAUAGAUUGAACGUGAGUUAUAAUCAUCUGCAUGGGGCGAUUCCGGCGUCGGCGACCAAGGUUCCAGUGAGUUCGUUUGUAGGGAAUGAUGGUCUGUGUGGCGCUCCAUUGCCGCCAUGCAAAUAAAGGCUUGUUAAACGUUUAGACAAGACAAGACAAUGUAGUAGUCUUCAAAAAUGGUGUCCUUGAUUUGAAGACCGAGUUCAGAUAUGUAUGUUUGACCUGGGUUAUCUUAUAAGUGUAUGUGCUAAUGGAAAACAUCAGAUAAGAUAAGAUGAUGUUCUUCGUAUAUUUUCUUUUCUAUUUCUUCCUGCUAUUAUAUUAUGAAAUAAUGAAAUAUUGUGGUC